UCUCGUCAUGGUCAUGUGUCCCUUCACCACUUGCCACAUUUCCUCGUGGCAGUAAUGCAACAUUCUGGAUGCCAGCUGCUGAAGAAGAAGAAGAAGAAGACAGCAUCGUUAGUUAGCUCGUUAGUAAAUGAUACACAAACGAAUGUCAAGCAAUGCACGGAGCUGAGCAAACAUCCCUGAAGAAGACAUGUUUACAGGUUGUCAGGAAACACUUCGCUGCUCUGGACACGGAGCAUGUCCUCGAUCUGCCAGCGGCUCUCAUCGAGGAGCUUCUUCCUCAGUUGACUGUAUGUCAGCUGGAUGAGCUGCAGCCGGGGCUCAAUCAGAGAGGGAUAUCAACUCACUGUGGUUGGGCUGGAAUUCUGAAGGACAUAUGUGGACCUAACUAUGCAGUAGACUUGUUCACUGAAGACGAGGCCAAACAUGAAGUCAUGAGGGUGCUUUUUACACCUCUAUUCUACGGCCUCACAAACAACUUUGUCCAAAAAAACAUCACAAACCUAAACACAUUAUCCUUCAUGUUGGCUGCAGCUAAAUAUAUCAAACAUUUUUCGCUCUAUCCCAGCUUGCACAACCCCCUUCGAGGUUUAAUUUCUGAGCAGCAGCGGCCUCUUCUGAACCUUCUAGAGAAGCAGAUCGAGAGUGUUGGAGUGUUGAAGUCCAUUGAUCUCUCAAAGAGGAAGACACAAACAGCGUUGUACAUUCUCCAUCGGCUGUUAGACCACGGGGUGGCAAAGAAAAUAGUUGUCGAUGUGCAGUGUCCCAUAGUGCUGGCCUGGCUCCUACAUGGAAGGGGGUCCCAGUAUGAACAUCCAGAGUUGAAGAACCUCAUGCUCAGCAAGAAGGGAAGCUUUGAUGGCGAUUUACAAGCUGCUUCCGCCAGUGCAGAUGUGGCCAGUUGCAGUGCAGGUCUUGAGACCAGGGCUUCAGAAGAUGAUCAAGUCAUCCCAUGCAAACGCUCCAAGUUGGAUUUUGUGUCAUCGGAGGAAGAAUCUGGAAAAGCAAAUUUCACUGUUCAUCCACAGGUUCACUUUCCAACCUUCCCCAUGUGUGAUUAUCCCUUGGAAGGGGCUUGUCCACGGGGACAGAUCGAAUGUCUUGAGGUCAGGCGCUGUGGGUCUUUCUCUCUGAGAGUGCUGAAGUCAAGUCUGCCUACAUUUUACUGCCUUCGCUCUUUAACUCUUAACAGCUCUGCCAUCUUCGGGGGCUCUGAUUUGUUGGACCUGGCCAGAGGCCUAAAGCGCCUAUCUGAGAGCUCCCGCUGCUCCCUCACUCAUCUCAGUGUUGCCUUCCUACCAUGCACCAGGUUCAUGGAAGUCCUACUGGAUGCAGUCCCAGAGGUGACGUCCCUGCAUGUGGAGAUCCUGAGUAUGAUGUGGGGAUCAUAUCCUCAGGCUGCCAAGUCAGAUGUUCCAGAGCUGCCCCUGCAGAAGCUGAAAAUAAGAAUAACUGAGUUCCAGACAGAUCUGAACUUCAUCACAUCGGUGCUGAGCUGCGCUCCACAUCUCACCUCACUUCACAUAACUGGGAUAAAUAUACCAACUGGCUGCUCCGUGAGCCAGCUCCUCACCACUCUAUCAGAGUCCAAUCGCUGCCUGAGGAGUCUGAACUUGGAAGACUCGAAUCUGUCUGAUUGUCUCCCUGACAUCCUCAAUCUACUGAGGAACUGUCAGUUGGAAGAGCUGUGGUUUAAUGAUUGCCGCCUUCUUGAGAAGUGCAGUGACAAGGAGGAGGCUUUGCAGCAGUUGGUGUCUGCUCUGAAGAUGGUGCCUUCUCUUCACACUCUGGGCCUUGCUCAGAAUCGACUUACCAAGAAUGUGUGUGUGCUGUCCGAGCUGUUCUCAGGAUCCUCCCCCAGCUCAGUGAAGCAUCUGAACAUCAGCUCCAACUUCAUCCAGCCUGCUGAGCUGCUGGAGUUCGCGCACAGACUAAGGACACAUCGCCCCCCACAGCGACUGACUCUCGACCUCAGGAUGAACCCUGGGGAUCGAGACCCUGACACCUGGAACGCUGCACUGAACCUGCUCCGUCCACUCUGCGUGCUGCUGAUGGAAAGAUGGAAGUCGACAGACACGAUGGUCGACCACAUCAGCAACAUGUGAACAAAAUUGUAUGUACAGGUUAUCAUUUGGUCUGUGGUCAGUUUGACUUCACUUAGAUUCCAAAGAUGCCUUGUCAGUGUUAAGUUGAAUCACAGUCAGUCCUCCACCCCCCUCACAAGACAACAUUGUUCCAGAUCAACAGCUUCUCUGUUGAGUGUAUGCAGACAGACUGCAGAGAGCUGGACAAAGCUCCAUAACUGGUUUAGACUAGUUAGUUAAGUUAUGGUAGAACACAAGUAUUGUUACCUUGUAAUUAGUUGUUUGAAAUUUUUCAUACCUUUGUUAUAUAUUUUUACUAAACAUGCUUUUCAGUGUGUGCACAGUGGGAAAAGAACAGCAUCUAGUGUUUGACAUUUGAUUUCGUUUAUUAAAUCAGCGUCUGUUACACCUCAGAUUCUCCUCUUGGACAGUGUGAGUGACAGUGGAUGUUCAGAUACAACUGAAAAACCUGGAGGACUGACAUCGAGUUGAAGAGCAGUUUCACAGCAGCUGUCUCACAUAGUUUUUUUAUUAUUAUUUAUUUUUACAUUAGACGAACAGCAUCAACACUGACCACCAAUUCAUCAUUAGUAGGAACCAAGUAGAAAAAACAAUCAGAGAAAAGGGAUUAAAAAGAGCUUUAUGUUUCUGUAAGAUUUUCUUUUAAAGCUAAAUCCUGUAACACUGUAAGUUUAGCUUGUUCUUAUUGUAUAUUCUCAUGUUUGAGUAAAUUUAUGUUGAAGAAAGUGAUGUCUGCAUGCUAAUUGGUUGAUUUGCUGGGCCUAUCUACAACCAUCACUGACUUUACAUAAAACAAAGAGACUCACAAACACACCGGGCUGCCUCCAAGGCUCCUGAUUCACUAAGCAUUUAGAGCGCAACUAAAAUUGAAACAUUCAUACCACAAUAGAAGUCAGUGUGUUCGUUAUUAGUUAUUCAAAUAUUGAAAUGAUUGGUUGUUGGAACAGAUGAGCUCACCCUCAUUAGAUGAUCAUAUGCAUUGUAAUCAGACAAGAAAUGGGAAGCAAAUUGGUGUAUACUGUAUUAGUGUAGUUCACAAAUGAUGUCUUAGUUAGUUAGUCGGUGGUCACCGGUGUUUCAAACCUGGCUACCACCCAGUUGUUGGUGAUCAAUAAGUAGUUCCAUCGAGCUGCAGCUCAAAUCAUCUUUAAACCUCUACUUCCUAGUGUGAAAUAAGAAACAAGCUGCAAAUACAGAGAGAUGAGACACAGCGAAGCUAGCCUCAAACCUGUCUCUGUACAGGCGUCAGGACGCUUUCAACAAAAUGGCCUUGUUUUGUUUUGCACGAUUGAUGAUGGUGUCUCAUUGUGUCGCUCACUCAGGUAGAGGUUCACAUAAAUCUGUUUUAUUUUCACAUUGUCCUGUUGUCAACACUUAGGCUCCUGUGUGUUGUAAAGGACCAAACAUCCACCACACAGUCCUGCUCCCAUGAGGGCGUGAUGUCUUUUAAUUAUCAGCUGGAUGCAGUAUGUGUUAGUGCCCUGAAUAUUUGCAGCAUGGUUCAGUGACACACUGAUUCAUGUACUGGAGACGGAGAGCUCACUUACGCAGCUCAUAAUCUCUAUGACACGUGAAGGAAUCAUUCUCUUAAAGAAGUGACACAAUCAUCACCUGUUUCUGGAAUGAGUGAAAGAUUCAUUGUGACACUGGAAAACAGUGUAUAUGUCCACACACUGUUUCUGGAAUAAGUGAGAGAUUCACUGUGACACUGGAAAACAGUGUAGGAUGGGUAAAGACCUGUGUGUCCACAGACUGUUCAGAGAGAUGGCUUCAACUGCCACUCGUAGACCUCUAACAAUGUGAGGGAGAUUUACACUGAAACAAGACUUAAAAAACAAAAAACAUCCUACACCCCCCCAACAUGUUCCACAGCAAGUUUUACUAUCACAUGUGGUGCCUCUCCUCUCAUGUUUCUGGAUAUACUUAUUUUUACAUAGUCUGUACAGUGGCAAUAUACACAUUAUCUAUCUCGAGUGUGUAUGUUAGUGAGUGAGCUGUUCAUCACACACACAUACACUCACACACUCACUCGCGCACAUACACACACACACACACACACAGUGACACAAAGUCACACAAAAGUGUCAUUUAGCCAAAGAUAAAGUUUGACACUAUGUCAUUUGGAUCUCAAAGAUGGAAGCUAAUGUUUUUUUCCAGCAUUGUGUGGGUGGGUGUGCGUGUGAAGUAUUCACAAUCAUCCACAAUCAAUUUCAGUUGUGUUACAAAACCCCCUAAUGAAUCAAAAUGAUACAGCAAGAUUCACACAGUCGUACAUCAAUACACAGGUGCCUGACGACAUUCACACAAUCAUACACAUACAUGUGUUGUAAGAAAAACACACGUGCACACACACA